CAUUUCAUUCAUUACAGUAUAUUAGUGCCCUCUGUGGUUUUCGUUUUUUGUAAAAUUAAACAUUGAAAUUUAAGUGUUGAGGUAUUGAAAUUUUUGUACAGAUACUAAAAUUAAAAAUACAUUUUCAGUUGUCCUUAGUAUGGCGAUAUGAAGUGAUAAAACUUUCAAGCAUAGUCUAAAAAUAUAUAAAUAUAAUAUACUUAGUAAUCUAAAUUGAAUCUCGCCGAAUACAUUUAAAUUAUUAUAAAAUAUCGUGUUUGGAGUGCAAUAAUUGUAACUGAUAUUUUAUUUAAUAGGAUUACAUGAUCACAAAAGGAAGCUGACGCAAAAAUGUAUUGGUUAAGUGUUUUGAAGCAGUCAACACUUGUGCAUUUAUGUUUUGCUAUAUCCUACUUCACUUCAGGAUUACUACUGAAUUUCAUCCAAGCUAUAUUAUACUUUGGACUUCGCCCUUUUAAUAAAUCUUUGUAUAGAAAAAUAAAUUACUACUUAUCCUACUCUUUUGCAUGCCAAUUAGUUUUUAUGUCAGAAUGGUGGGCUGGAACAAAAAUGUCAAUUUACAUUAAAAAAGAUGAAUAUGACAAAUAUUAUGGCAAAGAGCAUGGAUAUCUUAUAAUGAAUCAUAGCUAUGAAAUAGACUGGCUUAUGGGAUGGCACUUCUGUGAUGGUAUUAAAGUAUUAGGAAACUGUAAAGCCUACGCAAAGAAGUCCAUCCAAUACAUGCCACCAAUCGGUUGGAUGUGGAAAUUUUCCGAGUUUGUAUUUUUAGAGCGAUCGUACGAAAAAGAUAAGGAAAUUAUUAAGCAACAGAUUGCGAAAAUAUGCGAAUAUCCUGAUCCAGUAUGGCUAUUAUUAACGCCCGAAGGUACCCGUUUUACAGAGAAAAAACAUGAAGCUUCCCUGAAGUUUGCCAAGGAAAAGAAUUUACCACUCCUCAAGCAUCAUCUGACACCACGUACGCGAGGUUUUACGACAAGCUUGCAGCAUUUCCGCGGAAAAAUACCGGUUAUUUAUAAUAUUCAAUUGGCCUUCGAGAAAGAUAGCAAGGUGCCGCCUACAUUGAUGAGUAUGUUAUAUGGAAAGCCUGUACACGCACAUCUGUAUAUUGAACGGAUACCGGUCGAGAAAAUACCAGAGGGCGAGGCUGAAAGUGCAAAAUGGUUGCAUGAUCUCUUCGUCGUUAAGGACAAAAUGAUGGAAUCGUUCAUGAACACCGGCGACUUCUUCCAAGAGUCCGGUGUGGAGAGAGUGGAGCCGUUCCACCGGCCGCGCCGCGUCUACUCUCUGCUGAACACUGUGGGCUGGGCGAUCGUCACGCUCACACCAAUGUUGUACUACUUGAUGGGCCUCCUGUUUAGCGGGAAACUAAUCUAUUUCUCUAUUGGAGGCGCGAUCAUCGCUGCUUUCUAUGUUUUGCUACAAAAGUCGAUUGGAAUGUCUCAGAUCAGCCAUGGGUCUUCGUAUGGGACAGAAAAGAAGUAACGUUAUUGAAAAUGUAGACCAAGUAAAGUAUUUUUUAUACCUACUUAAAAAUUGACAAAAGUACAUGAAUAGCAUACAUGUUACUUGACUAUGUCUAUUUAUUUUAGUGAUUGUUGAAUACUUGUUUUAUAUUUAUUAAAAACAACACUUAAACCCAAUUAUAGAUAUUACAACAUUUUGUACACCUAGCUGUUCAUUUGAUUAGGAUGCAAAUUCUAUUUUCACAUUUGGUAACUACUGCAAUAACUAAACAAAAUUUCAAAAUGUUGUUGUAUUCUAAUAUAUUUUUUCAUAAUAAAUUUUUAGUAAACGAUUAUAAAAAUCCUUGAAUAUUAUAAGAAUAGUCCUUUAUUUUACAAGUGUUGCGUAUUUAUAAUCCUAUAAGAUUGAUGUAUUUUUUUUCCCAAUAAUAUUAAACAAAUAUGAAAGUAUUACCGUAGGUUCAAUAAUCUUAUUCAUAGGUAUUUUCAAGCAGCUUUACAUAAAAUUCAUCACAAAUGGAAAAAAGCGCCCAAAUAAGAACAGGUUUUUUUAAAUAUAUUUUUGCUUGUUUAACUUUAUAUAAAUGUAACAUAUUUUUAUGGACUUUGUGUAAAUGUGACUAAUUCGUGAUAAUACUACACAUAUACAAAUGAGUUGCCUUUUAAAUGUGUUAGUUCAUUUGACAAAAAAAAAAUUGAGCACAAGUUGAGUUGAAACUGUAUUUAAUUAUAUUGUGUAAAACUUAUGAAAGUAGCAUUAUGGUAAUGGUAUUAAUAUUCUACUAAUCCAUGGGCCACAUACAAGACAAAUAAAUGGAGCCAGUUACUUUGUAAAUCCACUUCCUUAUCCCUUACCUUUUAAGAACGGGCAACUGUUGCAAAGGCCUUGUCUCUGUAUGUCAUCAUAGUCCGUGAUGAUCGCUUAUCAUUAGGAGACCCACCAAUUCGGUUGCCUGCUCUAAUAUUAAAAAAAUAUAUGUAUAUUGUUCUGGUGGUUUGAAUUGUUUCAUCAUGUUUGUUUGUGUUAUGUAUGGCUUAUUACUACGCAUUAAUAUAAGAUGAUACUCUAUAUUUUACAGUAAGAUAAAUGUAAUUUUGCACAAAAUAAACGUCAUGUGCAAUUUUUUAUAACUAUUUGUGAGAUUUCUGUAUUUUUAGAUAUUUUUUUAUAAUUUUGGUUAAUUGAUUGUAAUGUAUAAAUGAUACAAAUUGUAAAUUCUUUUGUGAUUACAUGUAAAAAUGUAUACAUUGUAUGAAGGAUUUACAUGUUUAAAACUGGAGUUGAUAGUAUAAAACUUUAUGAUUUUCUGGAGAAUUACUAUAUUAUUCAUUAGAUGGUUAAACUCCAGAAAAUUAUUUGCUUAUAACGUCAAAGUUAAGUAAUUAAAACUAUAAUAUUUAUGUAAACUUGUUUUGCAAUUAUUGUUGAUGUAGUCAUUUUUACUAAAACCUUUCCAAAUAAUAAA